UGGGGCCCCCUGACCUGUCCGGCCUCUCCCGCAGCCCCACGCCAUGGCCGCCCGCUGACCCCGCCGCCGCCGCUGCCGCUGCCGCCGCCUCCCAGCGCCGUCUGCCCGGCCUGGCCCGGCCCUCAAUUCCGCCCGUGCCGUGCCCCCCCAGCCGCCGGCCUGGCCCCGCCGCCGCUUCCCCGGUGGUGGCCCGCGGCCCCCCGGCUGCCCGCAGUCAAGCUGGAGUCGCUGAAACGCUGGAACGAGGAACGGGGCCUGUGCUGCGAGAAGGGCGUGCAGGUGCUGCUGACCACGGUGGGCGCCUUCGCUGCCUUCGGCCUCAUGACCAUCGCCAUCAGCACAGACUACUGGCUGUACACGCGCGCGCUGCUGUGCAACGCCACCAAUCUCACGGCCGGCGACGACGGUGCCCCGCACCGUGGCCCUGGCGCCAGCGAGCGCAGGGAUCCGGGUGGCCUUACGCACUCGGGGCUCUGGCGCAUCUGCUGCCUGGAAGGGUUGAAAAGAGGCGUCUGCGUGAAGAUCAACCACUUCCCGGAGGACACAGACUAUGACCACGACAGCGCUGAGUACCUGCUCCGCGUCGUCCGGGCCUCCAGCAUCUUCCCUAUCCUCAGCGCCAUCCUGCUGCUGCUCGGGGGCGUGUGCGUGGCGGCCUCCCGCGUCUACAAAUCCAAGAGAAACAUCAUCCUGGGUGCGGGCAUCCUGUUCGUGGCAGCAGGCCUCAGCAACAUCAUCGGCGUGAUUGUGUAUAUCUCGGCCAACGCGGGUGAGCCGGGCCCGAAGCGCGACGACGAGAAGAAGAACCACUACUCGUACGGCUGGUCCUUCUACUUCGGCGGACUGUCCUUCAUCCUGGCCGAGGUCAUCGGCGUGCUGGCCGUCAACAUCUACAUCGAGCGCAGCCGCGAGGCGCACUGUCAGUCUCGCUCGGACCUGCUCAAGGCCGGCGGGGGCGCGGGCGGCAGUGGCGGGAGCGGCCCCUCGGCCAUCCUCCGUCUGCCCAGUUACCGCUUCCGCUACCGCCGCCGCUCCCGCUCCAGCUCCCGAUCCAGCGAGCCGUCGCCAUCCCGGGACGCAUCUCCCGGCGGCCCAGGUGGCCCAGGCUUCGCCUCUACGGACAUCUCCAUGUACACGCUCAGCCGCGACCCGUCCAAGGGCAGCAUGGCCGCGGGGCUGGCGGGGGCCGGCGCCGGCGCGGGAGGCGCGUUCGGCAGCGGCGGCGGCACGGGGGGCGCGGGCGGCGCGGGGGCCGCGGGCGGCGAUCGGGACCGCGGGGGGACGCCCGGCUUCCUCACGCUGCACAACGCCUUCCCCAAGGAGGCGGGCAGCGGCGUCACCGUCACGGUCACCGGGCCGCCCGCUGCGCCCGCUCCCGCUCCUCCCGCGCCACCCGCCGCGCCCGCGCCCGGGACCCUAGCCAAGGAGGCCGCGGCCUCCAACACCAACACGCUCAACAGGAAAACCACGCCCGUGUAGGGCGUGUGCGGCGGGGCGCGUGCGCGGGCGCGCGUGCAACGGAGCCGCCGUGCCGAGGCGCGCCCCUCCUUCCCCGCGCACGCCCCGUGCGCUCUGCAGACUGCGUGGCCUUCGCCCCGCGCGCGCCCCUAGCCUGGGGUGCGGGGGGGCCGUCCUUCCCUCUCCCCUUGGAAGCAGGGAGCCAGGGGAGCGGAAGGAGUGUGGGCUCUGGCGAGCGACGUGUUUUAUUUUUUUGGUGGGAUUCGGGCGAGGGAGGGGGGAGGGCCGUGGCGUUUUUUGCAGUUUUGAGUUUUUUUUUAAUGUUUUGCUGUGUGCAUGUAGGGGCGGGGAGGGAGGGACUCCAGCCCAGCCCGACUCCUGCAGAGGGGCCAUUACACCGAACCUAGAAUCACUCCUCCAACUAUCCACACGCCCUCCACCCCGAGACACAGCUCGCGGUGGGGGCGCAAGGGGGCGGGGCCCGGCAUCCGUGCGCAUGCGUUCUCGUCUCUACAAGGGCUUCUUCGGCACCUGCUGUCAGUCAGGUGCUGGUUCUGAGAAGGCGCUGGCACGCGCAGGGGUUCAUUCAUUCACAGGGGCUGCUCCUUCGUGCGCUUCACUGCUAGGCGUAGUGCAGAACGCAGGGCACCUGGAGGGAGGAAAGAGGAUCUCUAACAUGCCCGUAGAGUUUACAUCACGUGCAUAGCUAGACAUUAAUCAGAGACCUGGACGCACACGCACAGUAAGUCAGGCUGGCGGAGAAAUCGGAGCUGCUUCACUGUGGCGGCGGGGGGAGGGGAGUUAGGGAUGGUCAUGUCCAAAUGGAAGAACUGUUUGAGCAGACAGGAGCCAGUUAGGGAGUGUUGGGCAGAGGUAGGUGUUCCCGUAGAGAGCAGCAUGUGUCAAGGCCCUGGGGCAGGAAGGAGCUUCCAGGAUGUUGGUGUGGCUGAGGGAAGAGGCUGGAGACAGGCAGGGGCUUGUAGGGUGGGAACGGCUUGGAGAAGGGGUAGAGCAGGAAGGCACAGAGUGAAGAUGGGAGCCCAGUGCCAGGCCCAGCCCUGGGAACUCCCUCACACAGAAGUGCAGCACGAGGACCAGAUGCAGCUGUGGCAUCUAGUGGGGGCGGGGAGUCGGGGAGACCAAGGGAUCCAUGCUCCACUCAUUCGUUCGAUCACUCACUGACAUCCACGGGAAUCUGCUCAGGUGUCAGGUGCUGGGUCGAGUCGGUAAGCCCUGAGGUCCACCCACCCUGGCAGUGCUGCCCAGGAGCUUAGCAUCCUUCAGUUGGCAGCACAGCAGGGGCAGUUGAUGUGACAGCCACAGCGAGCACCGAGGAGCAUAAGACAGGGCCCACUUCCUGGAGGACGUGGCAUCCAGUCUGGAUGUCAAGAGGAGGAGCAGGCCCUGCCUGGGGGUGGGUGUUGAGGAAGGUCACAUCUGAGGGUCACUCUGAUGGCAGAGGGCUGUGCUCCUGCCUGAGGCUCCCACAAACCAUCCUAGGGCUCCCCAUUCUCUGAGGAAGACAGAUCCAGGGGCAAGGCCAGCCAUGGUGCAGGCUGCCAGGCAGGGGCAGCUGGGUGGGUGAGGAGGACCUGGGGCCAGUGCAGGAGGAAGGGAUCAGGGAGUUAGAGUCAGAGAGAGCUGUGUGAGAGAUGCUGGCGAGCUGAGGGGUCCUGGGGGCCAGGCGGAAAGGUUAGGACGGGAAGAAGGCGGCAUGCUGGGAUGGUGAGAGUCCCAGAAAUGGGCAAAAGACAAAGCCACAGCAGGGUAGCCAGUGAGGGAGAAAAGGAGCAGGAGAGACCCUGACAAAAAGAUGCUCACAUCAGAGGGCAGACAUUGCAGAGAUGAAACAAAAUAAAUCCCACGCCAGAGUGCAGAGAUGAAGUGCAGAGACAGAGAUAAGCCACAGGGGCCAGGGAUGUAGCUUAGAGGCACAGUGCCUGCCUGGCAAGUGUGAGGACCUGGGUUCAAUUCCUUGCACGGGGGGGUGAGGGGGGGUAUGCUGCAGAAAGGAGAAAUAAACUACCAAGAAAGGUUCAGAGAUGCAAGUGAAGAGACUUCAAAGCGAGCAUGGCACAGGAAGGGCUCCUGUCUGGUCCUUACUCUCAGCAUCCCAGACAUACUGACAGCCACUGAUCCCUGGCUUCUGGGACCCCAGGGAGGGAGACACAUAGCAGUAACUGUUUCAGUGACCAACAUGAAGAGGGGCUGCAGUGGGUGAGCUGCUCCCGAAGGUCAGGACAGAGGUGAGUGCAGGGUGGGUGGGUGGAUAAGGAGAGGGGGCACAGGUGUCCUGGCUGUGAAAGAUGGCUGAGAAAACUGGAAGAGGAACAGGCCCUGGUGGAGCCCUGGAAGGCCUGAGUCAGGGCUGGGCCAGCCCACAGUUCCGGGAAGAAAUCUGAGUUCUGCAGAGUGGUGGAAAAGCCCUGAAUGGUUCUCAGCACAGCCUUGGCAGGGUCCUUUAUUUACAUAAAUAAAACCAUAGCAUACUCACACUGCCAGACUAGGGGCAGAUCUCUGGAAUCAAACCAGGAGCUUCGGGCCUGGACACCCAGAGGUUAGCGUUACGGUGGCAGAGAGCUGGACACAUUGGGGGCAGCAGAGAUGCCAAGGUAGGGAAGAGAGAGGAGCCCGAGAUGGGCUCAGUGGGUACUGCUGUGUCCCGCCAGGAGGGAGAAGUGGGACCUCCAGGUGGAGGAGCAAAAGCAAAGAAUUCUCUUCUGGACACGGUAAGUGGGAGAUGCCUGUGGGACGCCCGAGACCGGAUAUGGGGUGGCAGUGGCGUACUCGGUGGACCAGGGCAAUGGUGAGGUUGUGGCUGCAAGUGUGAGUUUUGCAAGCAUCAGAAACAUCAGCAUUAAAGGAAGGAAAGAUCAGCAUUUAAAGCACAGAACAGGACAAAGUGACCUAGGAAGUGGACAAAGAAGUCACUCGGGCUGCAGCUUUGGGGACAUCUGCAUCAGGGGAGCAGAGGACAGAGCAGAGGGAACCAAGCAGGGGUGACCGGUUAGUAGGCAGCGUGUGGGAGAGCCUGGGAGGUGAAGGUGGAGGGAGAGGUGGAAGUGUGGUGCCCAGUGGGACGUGGCCCUCGGAGGCGGUAUUGGCUGAGGGCCGUGCCAAUGCAGAGCAAGGGGGAGGGGGAAAGGUGGGGAUAGAGAGAGGAGCCAGAUAGUUACAAAAGUGACACCAGAGAAGAAGGGCAAAGUGUGGCAGGAGCUGCCGACGGGAAACUCCACCCUGACCUUGGCCAGCUGCCACGGCAGGGAAGAGGACCUGGUCUCCAGGCUGCUGCCGCUGACUGAGAAGGCCCAGGACGGGGAUGACACGGGUGCCAAGCCUCAUAACACGAGAGUACGAGAGUGUGCCCCACCCUGUCCUGUGCUUGGGGGACACAGCACACAGAGGAGUGGGACACACAGAGGGGGGACCUGUGGAGUGCACAGGCAGCCAGAAAUGCAGCCGGUGUCUUCCCGGGCUUGGGGAAUGUGUGUGUCUUUGCUUCACCACCUUCACUCUCUCACUUGUUCAUGUCUCUCCUGCACAUUAAUAAUACUGCCUGUGUACCCGGCCUCAGGCUGGGUCACACCCAGCCACCAAGAUGACUUCCUCCUGACCCUGGGCCCUGCUCUGAUCCAAGGGGGUGUCAGCCAGGCGCAGAAGCAGUCACAUCUGGGGACACACAUGCUGGCAGGCACAGGUGCAGCGGGCACAGGGGAUGCAGUAUCCGGGGCAGGUGGCUACUGGCCCACCUGGAGCAGGCAUGGCAGAGAAGUGGGCGAGGGGAGGUCCUGUCUGGCCGAGCUCAGGGCUGGGCAUGGGGGAGGUUCGGGCCCACUGCCAAGUCACACGGCUGUCCCAUUCCUGCCCCCUGAGGGAGCUGAGGCUGCAUGGAUGGUCCCUGAGGGGUGCUCCAUCUAAUAAACUCGAUGAAGAGGA